AUGAAAAAACGAGCUGGAUUAGCUUAUAAAACAAUUAAAGGAAAUUUUAACAGCGUUGAUUUACAAGAGGCUGAAGAAUGGAAAGCUAAAUUACCUGGACUUAUUUCAGGUUAUCAACCAAAGGACAUUUUUAACAUGGAUGAAUGUGGACUGUUUUUUAAUCUUUUACCCGAUAAAACUUAUGCCUUUAAAGGUGAAAGCAGUCAUGGAGGUAAAAACAGUAAAGAACGUUUCAUAAUUUUAGUUGGGGCCAGUAUGAAUGGUAUAGAAAAAUUACCGACUUUAGUUAUUGGCAAAUCGAAAAAAACCCGAUGCUUUCAGAAUGUUAAGUCGCUGCCUUGUGAUUAUGACAGUAAUCAAAAAUCCUGGAUGACAAUUGCAAUUUUUGAAGGCUAUUUGAAAAAGUUAGACAGUAAGAUGUGGAGAGAAAAACGAAACAUCAUAAUCUUCGUAGAUCGCGCUGCUCAUUCCAAAGAGAAUAAUUAUACUAACAUCAGGUUGCAAUUUUUACCACCAAACUCUUCUUCUGUUCUACAAGCGAUAGAGCAAGGAGUUAUCAAGGUAUUUGAGCAGCAUUAUAAAAUGCGACUUGUGAAACGGAUGCUGGAAGGACUUGAAAAUACUGAAGAAUCCGCGAGCAUUCCUGUCAACGGAACUCUUCUAAUUAGAGGAAAAGAGGAGAAAUUGAACGUUGAUUUCACGCUUUCCAAUGGAUGGAUUGAUCGGAUGAAAAAACGAGCUGGAUUAGUCUAUAAAACAAUUAAAGGAGAUUGUAACAACGUUGAUUUACAAGAAGCUGAAGAAUGA